AUGACUAUUCCUGUUACCAAGACAACAAAGGAUUUUCCCCCGCUGGGCGACCAUGUAUUAGCCACUGGUCCCAGGUGGGCACUAGAUGGACAUGUCAAUGGCACCAUCCCAGAUGACUUCAUCCUUUUGGGUUUUUCAGAUAACCCCAGCCUUGAAAUGACCCUUUUUGUGACUGUGUCUGUCUCUUACAUGAUCACCCUAGCGGGCAACACCACAAUCAUACUUCUGUUCCACCUAGACCCUUACCUCCACACCCCCAUGUACUUCUUCCUCACCAACCUCUCCAUCCUGGACCUCUGUUUCACCACCAGCUGCAUUCCCCAGAUGCUAGUCCAUCUCGGGGGCGCAGACAAGACCAUCAGCUACCUGGGAUGUGCAGUCCAGCUCUAUAUCUUCUUGGGACUGGGAGCUGCUGAGUGUGUGCUGCUGCUGGUCAUGGCCUUCGACAGAUAUGUGGCAGUAUGCCGACCCCUACACUACACAGUCAUCAUGCAGCCUCACGUGUGUCACAAGCUAGCAUUUUUGGUCUGGUCAAGUGGCAUAUUUGGCACCUUGGUGCAGUCACCCACCACCAUGAAGCUCCCCUUCUGCCAUCAUCACCGGGUGGACGACUUUGUCUGUGAAGUCCCUGCACUGAUCCGUCUGGCCUGUGGAGAUACACACUCCAAUGAGCUCCAGAUUUCUGUUAUUGGCUCUGUUUUCCUGAUGGUGCCACUCCUGCUCAUCCUUAUCUCCUAUGGUCACAUUGCCCGGACAGUGCUGGCCAUACAGUCCCUUGAAGGGAGGAGGAAGGCCUUCCAAACCUGUUCCUCUCACCUGGUGGUUGUUUUCCUCUUCUACUGCACAGUCACUGCUGUCUACAUCCAGCCCCGAAGCCAUUUUUCCCAGAAGGGAGGAAAGUUUCUAACUCUUUUCUACACUGUGGUGACCCCCACUCUCAAUCCUCUCAUCUAUACCUUGAGGAACAAGGACAUGAAGGGGGCUCUCAAAAGGCUAUUUGGGAAAGACAGAACCUCCAAUGUGUAG